AUGGGCCCCCCGGUACAUUUUCUUCGAUUCACUGAUUAUCGUCCUGCAGUUAACAAGCAGCAGCAGCGGCAAUCCAUUCGUUCCGCAAGCACCCAUUCCUUGGGGGGCAUCUAUCGUGAAUAUGGCCCUUGCAUCGCUUCAUCCAUUGCACUCAACCACGUCCUCGUGUACAUGCCCUCGCCUCCUCCUUCUUCAACAUACAUACAUACACAUACACACACACACACAUCCAUCUCAGUAUCGACACGCCAUCACUCACCAUUCGCUGAGACAUACAUGAGCAAGGGACGCGAUAUGAAGGAGGGGACCGAAUCGAAUAAAUUGUGUGUGGCUAUGUCAUUGAAAUGUACGAACAGGAGGAGAGGAAGCACAUUACACUUGGCUCUUUAUUGGGAUCAUCACGAUAGAUAG